CCCUCCCCUGCUUUUGCAUCACCACACACAAAAUUUGCAUUCUCUUCCUAAUCAUGUGCGAAAGUUUGAAGCUAAAGUACCAGUUGUGCGAAGAAAUCGGCCGUGGGAGAUUCGGCACCGUAUACCGUUGUUUUUCUCCGGUCACCGGAGAAUCUUACGCCUGCAAGACGAUUGAGAAGAGUCUCCUUCUCGAUCCCACCGACCGGGAGUGUCUGGAGAAGGAGCCCAAGAUUCUCCACCUUCUAGCCGGGGAUUUGAAUAUUCUCCGGCUGGUGGAUAUCUACGAGGACGAUAAUUAUCUCCACGUGGUCACCGAGCUGUGUUCCGGCGGCGAUCUGUACGAGAGGGUGGUGGCGCGGGGGCCGCUGCCGGAGGCGGAGGCGGCGGGGAUAUUCCGGCAGCUGAUAUCGGCGAUUGGGCGGUGCCACGGCACCGGGAUUGCCCACCGGGACGUGAAGCCGGACAAUGUGUUGUUCGAUUCGGAGGGGAAUCUGAAGCUGGCGGAUUUCGGAUCGGCGGAGUGGUUCGGAGGGUACGAGGAUAGGAUGAUGACGGGGGUGGUGGGGACGCCGUACUACGUGGCGCCGGAGGUGUUGAUGGGCCGAGACUACAGCGAGAAGGUGGACGUGUGGAGUGCGGGAGUCAUUCUGUACAUAAUGCUGGCCGGAGCUCCGCCGUUCUUCGGCGAGACGCCGGCGGAGACUUUCGAGGCGGUGUUGAGGGCCAACCUGAGAUUUCCCACUAGACUUUUCCGGUCUGUUUCGCCGGAAGCUAAAGAUCUGCUCAGAAAGAUGAUGUGCAAGGACCCUUCAAGACGUUUGUCCGCAGAACAAGUCCUAAGGCACCCAUGGGUGAUGAGUGGAGGAGAGACUAAAGCACAGAAUAAAGUAUGAGUGUGGAGUUGCUGAAGAAGGAGAAGCUGGCAGAGGGAGAAUGGAAAUACCCUAGUUUAUAAGGGAUAUUCCCCUUGCCUAUCUCCAUAUAGAAAUAUAUAUGUAUAUUUCUACCCUUUUGUGGGAUAGAAAUGUAGAAUACUACAAUCUGAGGCUGUAUAGAUAUUACCCGGAGAGAGUGAAUCUCUAUAUGUAUAGAUAAAACUACAAGAAUAAAACCGUUUUUGUAAAAAUAAAUAAUGUUCCCCUGAGACAAAUUCAAUAUAGUUUUUUUCCAUGCCU